AUGUCCCUUCCGCUCAGUGGUGCAGCAUUGGCUGUUGCAGCGCUGUCAUCGUCUGUCGCAGCCUACAACGUGUUUCGUCAACUGCGAAUUGGGAAGCCAAAGGGUUGGUUUUACGAGGACGUCGAUGGUUACGCCACGCCGAAAGCCCUGGCCGAGUUCUCUAGCAGAGGUAUCAAGGUCGCCGUCCUUCUCUUUUCAGCCAUUGGGACGGGCACGUCCAUCGCCGGUCUGGUACUCUCAACUGUCUACAAGUUCCGCCAUGGCUUCUUGUUGGAAAACAGCUUGAACGCGGCUGCGUGGGGCCUCGUUCUUCUGCAGGCUAUCUGCAUAGCUGUUUUGCACUCUCCUGUUGAGUCCCAUAACCUGGGUAUUUGGCUCACAGUUUCAUCCUGCUUCCUGGCGGUAUCCUCGGCUCAACCCUUGAGCUAUUACUUCACGGCGCAGUUUACGGGGCAAAGGGCUGUCAUGGGUCUUGUAUGGUUGAUCAGUGCUCUUGAUGCCACAAUGCUCGCAGCCGUCAGCGGCAUGCUCCCUCGAAGGCCGGAAAUCGUCUACGACGGAGCCAAAGUCGACCGUCAGUGGACUGUCUCUCUACUCAACCGAUUGACCUGGUCCUGGAUCCAACCGCUGCUGCGCCACGCCUCGCUGCACGAUGGACUCGAGGGAGACGACGUCCCUCACGCGGACUUCAAUCUGAGAUCGAAGCAGUUGGCGAAAGAGUGGAACAAGUUUGAACAUAAACCCACUCUGUUUCUGUCUCUCGCGGCGACGUACAAGGGAAGAUUGGCGGUUUUGUGGGCGGCAACCCUCGUCCGCUGCGCGGUCAGCAUCCUCCCGUUCUGGUUCAUGCUCCGCAUCCUCAAGAUUCUCGAAACCGAGGUCACCAGAUCCAACCCGGUGCAGCUGUUCAUCUUCGUCCUGGGCAUGGCUGUCUCCAACCUUGCCGACUCCUGGAUGGAGGGUUGGGCGUAUUGGUAUUCCCUGGCCGACCUCGCUCUGCCGAUCCGCACCCAGAUAUCGGGUCUCAUAUUUGACAAGGCACUGCGGCGGAAGAACGUCAGAGCAGCGGGCCCGGACGACUCGGCUGGUGAGUCUGAACAGGCCGACGCGGCAUCAGCCGAGGACUCGUUCGUGCCCAAGUCUCGUCAGGUCAUUGUGAACCUGGUCGGCGUCGACACCGAGCGCCUGUCGUACUUCUUCCAGUUCCAGUUCCUCAUCCUCAACGGGGUCGUCAAGCUCGUCAUCUUCUCCUUCUUCCUCCUCCAGCUGCUCGGCUGGAUCCCGUUCUGCGCCGGCAUCGCCGCCUGGGCCGUCACCUUGCCGCCGAAUGCUUGGUUUUCGAGAAAAGUCCUAGCCGAGUCGCAGUCUCUGAUGCGGCACCGGGACGCCAAGCUGUCCAAGAUGAACGAAGUACUCCUCGGGCUGCGGCAGAUCAAGUUCUCCGGUCUGGAGUCACGGUGGGAGAGGCGGAUCCUUGCGCUGAGAGAGACGGAGCUCAAGACCCUCUGGAAGUUCUUUCUUGCAGAUAGCGGGUUGUUCGCUUGCUGGGUCAUCAGCCCGAUCUUCCUGGCUGUGGCAUCACUCGUCACCCACGUCUUCAUCGAGGGUUCGUUGUUGCCUUCGGUGGCGUUCGUUAGCAUUGGAAUCCUGAACAGUCUCGAGACAACUCUGGGAUCGCUUCCGGAGCUGCUCACCCUGGCGCUUGAUUCUCUUGUUUCUCUGAGAAGGAUUGAUGCCUAUCUGAAAGAGUCAGAAAGAGAAGCGUUGGUGGCUGAUGGCUCCUGUAUCGUUUUCGAGAGGGCUUCCAUCUCCUGGCAUGCCGACGAGGAUACCCCCCAGAAGGACAGGUUCACCAUGGACGAAAUCAGCUUGUCGUUUCCAAAAGGAGCACUCUCCGUCAUCUCCGGGAAGGUCGGGACAGGUAAAACGCUUCUUUUGUCCGCCAUACUGGGUGAAGCAGAUCUUUUGAGCGGCUCGAUUCGGGUACCCAAGAAACAAACUUCCAAGCAAGAUGUUCCCAACACGGACAAAUGGGUUAUCCCAGGAUCCAUCGCCUACAUCAGCCAGACCCCGUGGCUCGAGAACGCCUCUCUGCGAAACAACGUCCUGUUCGGCCUUCCCUUCAACAAAGAGCGGUACGACGACGUCCUCGACGCGUGUGCCCUGAGAGAAGACCUCGCUGCGCUUCCGGACGGCGAUGGCACGGAGCUCGGGGCCAACGGCGUCAACCUGAGCGGCGGUCAGAAGUGGCGUGUCACGCUCGCGCGUGCCGUGUACUCCCGGGCCGAGAUCCUACUAAUGGAAGACAUCUUCAGCGCCGUGGAUUCGCACGUGGGCGCGUGGAUAUUCGAAAAGUGCCUCACGGGCGACCUCUGCAGAGGACGGACGAGGGUCCUCGUCACACACCACUUGGGUCUAGUCCUUCCCGAAGCAGAGUUUCUGGUUGAACUCGGGGACGGUGGCGUAGUCUACUCCGGCUCGGCGGGAACUCGAGCUCCAAGCGGCAGCCGAGAUCAGGGUCCGUCGGACGUUGUCAUUGCCGGCUCCGUUGAUUCCGAUCCCGGUGCGAAAUCGACUGCGGACGUUGUGAACCCGGAGCGCUCUCAACUACCAGAGCCACUUACUUCUCCUCCAAGGAAGUUCAUGCAAGAAGAAAGUCGCCAGAAAGGCACCGUAAAGGCGAGCGUCUAUCUAACGUACGUCAGAUGCAGCGGUGGUCUUUAUCUAUGGGCUGCUUGUCUUGGAGUUUACCUUACGUACCAAGUUGGAAUCAUCGGUCGGGCUUGGUGGCUUCGAAUCUGGACUGGCGAGGCCAACGUCAAUGCAGCAAGCGGGAGCUUCCUCGUCCAUCCGGCUUACAACUCCCCCUUUGCUACACAACAGUUAUUCGCCCAGACGGCCGACCAGAGUCCCACAAAGACCGAUGUGCUCUUCUACGUCCAAGUCUACGUUGCCAUCUCGCUCGGCACGGCGCUCAUCGGCGUCCUGCGCAACAUUUCGUCCUACUUCCUCGCCGUGAGGGCGAGCAGGGCGCUCUUCGAGAAGAUGCUCUUCGCAGUCAUGCGCGUCACGCUGCGUUGGCUGGACACCGUCCCCACCGGCCGCAUCCUCAACCGGUUCACGGCCGACUUCAGCGUCAUCGACGAGCGGAUCGCCAUGACCUGGAGCCUGUUCCUCUCCAACCUCCUCAGGCUGGUCGGCAUCUGCGUCGCGUCCUGCUUUGCGUCGCCGUACCUCAUCAUCCCCGCCGUUGUCCUUCUCGGGUUCGGAGUCGUCGCCGGCAGCAAGUACCUCGUCGUCAGCCGGCCGCUGAAAAGGCUCGAGAGCAACGCCAAGUCCCCCGUCUUUGAGCUCUUCAACACCACGCUGGCCGGCCUCUCGACGAUCCGGGCAUUCCGGAAGACGCAGACGUACCUGGAACAGAUGCACCGCAGCCUCGACACGUGGGCGAUGACCACCUUCUACAUCGCCCUGGCCAACCGGUGGAUGAGCUUCCGCAUGGCUCUCAUCGCCGCUCUCUUCAGCGUCGCGGUGGGAGUCGUCAUCACCGUCAAGCCCAUUGACGCGGCCUUGACCGGGCUCGCCUUGACUUUCAUCCUGGACUUUUCCGAGAGCCUUCGCUGGAUGGUUCGGUGCUACGGGGACAUGGAGCUGGAGAUGAACUCGAUGGAGCGCGUGGUCGAGUACAUGGCCCUGGAGACGGAGCCGCUUGCAGGGGAGAACCCGGCGGCAGUCUGGCCAACCUCGGGAAGCAUCGAGUUUGAGAAGCUCGAGGUUGGCUACGCGCCAGACUUGCCGCCUGUGCUCACGGAUCUCUCGCUCCGGAUCAGGCACGGUGAGCGGAUUGGCGUUGUGGGCCGUACUGGGGCAGGCAAGUCGUCGUUGACGCUCGCCCUGUUCCGGUUCCUGGAAGCCCGGUCGGGCAGUAUCACGAUUGAUGGGCUUGACAUCUCGAAGCUCAACUUGACUGACUUGAGAUCGCGAAUAUCCAUCGUCCCGCAGCAUCCCGUGUUAUUCUCCGGUACACUCAGGUCCAACUUGGACCCCUUCGGCGAGUAUGCGAACGUCGAGCUUCAUGAGGCCCUCGCCAGGUUUCAUCUCACAGGGUCAUCAUCCAGUCACGAGUCCGACGAGUCUGGGAGAGACACCAACCUCUUCCGCGACUUGUCAAGCCCUGUAUCCGAGUCUGGCGGCAACCUCUCCCAGGGCCAGCAACAGCUCGUGUGCAUCGCCCGUGCCCUCCUCGCCGACUCCAAGAUCGUAGUCCUCGACGAGGCCACCUCGUCCAUCGACGCGGCGACGGACGACCUGAUCCAGCAGAGCAUCCGCAGCUGCUUCGUCGACAGGACCCUGAUUGUGGUCGCUCACCGGCUGCGGACCGUUUCCGAUUUCGACAGGAUACUUGUCCUUGACGGCGGGCGCAUGGUCGAGUUCGGGACGCCGCGCGAGUUGUGGGACAACGAGGGCGUGUUCCGCGGCAUGUGUGAUAGUACGGGGGAGAAGGAAGAGUUGCGUCAGAGUAUCGUGGGCUGA